GCCGCCAUGGACGCGGAUUUCAUUCCCCUCGAGGGCACGCCGGUGCCGACACCCAAGACGCAGCGCGUACGCGAGCCCAAGGGUCAGACUACGCUCUUCGUCUCGUCUCUCCCCUACAACGCUACCUCGACCGACCUGGUAACGCAUUUCUCGUUCAUCGGACCGGUGCGCCAUGGUUUCGUCGCGACGGACCGCGACAGUGGCAAGUCCAAGGGCGUGGGUUACGUUACCUAUGCAAUGAAAGAGGACGCUGAGCGUGCCGUUACCGAGCUCAACGGGAGCGAGUUCGGCGCCAAGGGGCGUAAAAUUCGUGUGUCGUGGGCCGACAAGAAACCGGACAAGGAUGUUACGGAAGCGCGGCCCACUAAGAAAGCCCGUGUCGCUGCUGGGGACGAGGAAGCCGUUGAUGCCGACCCAAAUGCGAUCCGCACCGUGGUUCUCACUGGCCUCCCGGCCGACAUCACCAAACCCGUGCUCUGGAAGAAGGUGCGCAAGGUGCACCCCGGCAUUGAGCUCGUGUUUCCCGUCGAGGGCGAGGAUGCGACCGCAAACCUCGUCUUCCCCACACACGGCGAGGCCGUCAAGGGCAUCCCGAAGCUGCACGGCCACACCUACAAGGGCUCCCUGCUCUCUGCGGUGCUCAAAAAACGCCUCGCAGUUCUAUCCAGCAAGGGCGAAGGAAAGGCGCCGAGCCACGCCGGCCGCCUGAUCGUGCGCAACCUUGCGUGGGAGACGACUGAGGCCGACCUGCGCGCGACUUUCUUGCCCUUUGGCCCGAUCCAGGCCAUCGACCUUCCCACGCUGCCGUCCAAGCUCCCCACAGAGCCCGGCAAGCCGGCGCCGCCCCCGCGCGCCCGUGGGUUUGCCUUUGUGUGGUUUAUGGCUCGCAAGGACGCGGAGAAGGCCAUGGCUGCUAUUAAUGGCAAGCCGAUCAAGGCUGCCCCGAACGCUGCGGUCGCCAAGGGCAAGCAGGGACGGCUGGCGAAGAAGGGCGAGGUCGGCGAUGGGCGACCAGUCGCUGUCGACUGGGCUAUGAGCAAGGAGAAGUUCGAGGGAGCCAAGAAGAAAGAGGAAACGGAGGAGAGCGAGGACGAGAGCGGGAGUGGCAGUGACAGCGACAGUGACUCUAGCGAAAGCGGGAGCGACUCGAGCGACAGCGACGAGGAGGAGAGCGAAGAGGACGCCGCCAAGGUCGAUGCCGACAUCGACAUGGAGUCCGAUAGCGACGACAGUGAGGAGGAAAGCGACGACGACGACGACGACGAAGAUGAGGAUGACGACGAUGACGAGAUGGACGACGAUGACGACGACGAGGAGGCCGCCAAGCCUAAGCUUCCCGACACCGAUGUCGGGAGCACUCUCUUCCUCCGCAACGUGCCAUACGAGGCGACAGAGCAGGAGGUCGGCACUCUCUUCCGCUCCUUCGGCCCAAUCCGGUACGCCAAGGUGACGAUGGACAAGGCGACGGGCCGCACCCGCGGGACAGGUUUCGUGUGCUUCUGGAACAAGGAGCACGCGGACGCCGCCAUCGAGGAGGCCGAGCGUGUUGCUUGGGAGACAGGAACAGCUGCACCAGGAAAGGCCGGAGGCGAGCGCAAGAAUCCCUUCGCGCUUCCCUCCGUGCUGACAGCGGACCCCUCCUCGUCGUUGGCAUCUCGUUUAGUUUUGCACGGGCGAACGCUUAACGUCUCUCGCGCGGUGACGCGUGAGACGGCUGGCCACCUUGCAGAGGACAACCAGCGCGCACGUGAGAAGGGCGACAAGCGCAACACGUACCUCAUGCGCGAGGGUGUUGUCUUCCCGAACUCGCCGGCGGCCGCCUCGCUCCCCGCCUCCGAGGUCGAGAAGCGCCAGGCCGCAUUCAACGCCCGCAAAACACUUCUCCGCUCCAACCCGUCCCUCUACAUCUCAAAGACGCGUCUGAGUAUCCGCCAGCUUCCGCUAUUCGUUACCGACCGUGGUCUGAAGCGUCUGGGUAUCUACGCUGUCCGCGCCUUCGACGACGAGGUCAAGGCGGGUACGCGCGAGGGUCUGACCCGCAUUGAGGCGGACGACGACACCCUCUCCCCGGCCCUCGAGGGGCGGAAAUUGAAGAAGGGCGAGCGUCAGACCGCCGUCGUCCAGUCGAAGAUUGUGCGACAGAACGAAAAGGUCGACCCUCUCAUCGGCCGCGGAAGGAGCAAGGGCUACGGUUUCCUGGAGCUGCGCUCGCACAAGGAGGCGCUCAAGGUUCUGCGGUGGGCGAACAACAACCCCGCCGUCGGCCCACUCUUGUGGGAGUGGUGGACGUCCGAGCUCGUGGACAUCCGUGACCGCGCGCGCAAGGAGCUCGCUGCGGUCAAGGGUGGCAAGGAAGGCAAGGAGACUGCAGAGGAGCUCGAGGCGCGCCUGAAGAAGCUGGAUGCGCGAGUGGCCGAGGGAGACGACCACAGCGGCGGCGGCAUGCGCGGCGGCAAGACGCUCAUGAUCGAGUUCUCGGUCGAGAACGUGCAGGUCGUGCGGCGGCGAGUGGAGAAGACCAACCCGCGCGACCGGCCGGAGCGGGGCGAGCGCAAGAGCAGCGACAGGGACAAGGGCAAGCGCAAGGCCGAGGACAGCGACGAUGAGCGCGACAACAAGCGGGCUCGCCGUGACUCGAAGAGCGGCAAGGGCAAGGAGAGGCGCGAGAGGGGAGACGAUGAGAAGCGGGACAGGAAGGGCGGCAAGAGCAAGGCCAAGGGCAAGGGCGAGAACAAGCCGGAGGCCAAGGCUAAGGCCGAGAAGGCGGAUGAGCCGCGCGGUCUCGAAAAGCUCGGCUCGCACCUGGGCAGCUUGAUUGGACGGAAGCGUAAGCAGCGCCGGUCGGGCAAGUGAUGGUGGGGCAUGGGGAUGUAGAUCAUAGGCAUGUACAUGUGGACCGGG